GAAGUUGUUUACAACAUGCUUUCCUGACCAUUGGCUUUGGAUCUAUAUCAUCAAAAAUUCAUGUUUAUAAGUUAUUUACUGCUUUUAAAUGACCUCUUUCGAAUAUUUAGUAACUCAAAUGAAUCAAGGACGCAAAUUAUCGUUAUUAUUCUCUAGACAGCGCGGUGUAUGGUUUUAUUCUGUCAAAUUCCAUGUAAAAGUACCUGUUGCUUGCUACUCUACUAAACAACCAUCAGGUGAAAUUUUAAACGUUUACCGGAAGAAAUUGGAUUCCGGUGAUCUACGACCCGACGAACAUCAGUUGGAAAUCGUCCAUCAUUUAUGCCAUCUUCAACAGAAAAUUAAAAACUAUUCACCCAAAAAACAUGGAUUAAUUUAUAGAUUUCUGAAAGGAGUAGAAAAACCCGAGAAGCGAAUUAAAGGAAUUUAUUUACAUGGAUCAGUCGGAUGCGGGAAAACGAUGCUGAUGGAUUUGUUCUUUAAUCAUUGUGGAGUUACAGAAAAGCACAGAGUUCAUUACAAUUCGUUUAUGCUUGGAGUUCAUGCGAAAAUUCACGAAUGCAAGAAAACCUUUGUCAGAGAUAGAAACGUUAAAUCCCUCCAGUUCGAUCCAAUCAAACCUGUCGUCCAAGAAUUGAUUAGUAAAAGUUGGUUAUUGUGUUUAGACGAAUUUCAGGUGACUGACAUUGGCGAUGCUAUGAUACUGAAACGCCUGUUUACCGAACUGUUUAGAAACGGUGUGAUUGUUGUCGCAACUUCUAAUCGACGUCCUGAUGAUCUAUACAAAAAUGGUUUGCAGCGAAGCAAUUUUCUUCCAUUUAUUGGUGUUUUGAAGGAAUAUUGCAACAUCCUCCUGCUCGAUUCGGGUAUCGACUACAGGCAAAAGUUUAAGUCGGGGAAGCACGUUUGUUAUUUUAUUAAAAGCAAUUUGGAUGCAAAUAAAGAACUCAAUCAAAUAUUUAAAAUACUAGCUGCUCGCGAGACCGACGUGGUCCGGCCAAAGACGCUAACCAUCAAGGGAAGAAAUGUGCUGUUUUCUGUGACGUGCGGACAAGUGGCAGACUGCACGUUCGAUGAAUUAUGCAAUCGACCCCUAGGUGCUGGUGAUUAUUUGUUGAUGAGCCAGGUCUUUCACACCGUUAUUAUUCGCGAUAUACCACAGAUGAUGCAGUCCCAGAAGACGCAGGCUAGACGUUUUAUUACUUUAAUAGACAUUUUUUAUGAUAAUAAGGUGCGGAUAUUAUGUUCUGCCGACGUUCCCCACACCCAGUUAUUUACAACCGUCGGCAACGCAGAAAAUCUAAAUGACGAAAACAGGGCCCUGAUGGACGAUUUAGGAAUCACUGCCGAAAGUGAAGAUUCUAAGGCGAGCAUUUUCAGCGGAGAAGAAGAAAUUUUUGCAUUCGAUCGCACCAUUUCUAGACUAGCGGAGAUGCAAACAGAAGAGUACUGGAAUCAGCGAGGAAUUUCAUAAAUUACUUAUAAAUUUGCACCUAGAGACGCCUCGUGUAUAGAGUCUAACAUGCAGAAUUAAAACAAAAUGCUACAGUAUUAUUUUGAAACUGGAGACAACUGCAUACAUCACUAAUGAAGUUAGGAUCAAAUAUUAUUUAUAUAUUUACUUUGUUAAGUUUAAAAUAGUUAAAAAUAAUAAUAAUAAAACUGUUGAAAGAGAAAAAAUUUGUAAUUUUUUUUUCUUUAUUUAAUACAUGAAAGGUUCUUUUCUUUUCUUCCAAGUGGGAUCGGUUCUGAUUCCAGCUACUGAAGAUUAAUUCUUAAUCCCUGCCAACCUGUGCUGGACUCAAUGACUUCAGAUGUGGUUCUUAACUUGAGUGUCAAUCUGACUCAAUGUUCGAGUUCAACUACAAUCCUCCCUCCCUCCCUCUCUUCCUCUUCCAUAAGGGGGGAAGUUACGAGAGGUGGAAGGUCACGUCAUUUAAAAACCUUCCUCCUGGAGAAACUGGGGCACGAUUGUCAUUCUCUCGCAUCUGGAGACACUUUCGUUGGUAGAUGUAAUGGGGUUUUUCUAGGAAAUUAUUCCAACUUUCCUUGUGCUUAAAGUUGUGCCAAUUUCCCUCACAAAUGCCUUCAGGGCAGAAAAGUUUAUAAGUGAAGGUGCUGUCUUUCCACACUGGAGCCAUCAGCUCUAGGAAGGACAGCGCCUGUGGUGAAGUGGUAAAGGAUGGCACCUAAUACUUCCAGAUCAAACUAUUCACAGAAAUCUCUAAAAGUCCAACCCACAUUCAAAACUGCUCCCUUGGAAUGCUUUACGAUUCGAUAACACAGAGUCCGGAUCAUUCAUUGUUAGAUAAAAACACUAUAUUACUGUGACUUUUUUUAAUGUAAUUUAAAAUUAAUUAUGCACAAAAUUCUGGUGAAAGCUUACAUCAACUGAGAUCCAUGAUGAUCCAUGGCUUAAAACCAGUUGCGAGUGGUUUGUAUGCUUAUGUCUUUCAAAUUAAUUGAUUUGGCAGCAAAGAGGACAACCGAAAUGAAUUAUUGGUGGUUUAAAGAUUAAUUUUCAUUUCAUACUUAAUUAGUCAGAUGAUUGUGCAGUAAGAUAUCAAACCUAAUCUUUUUAGGGAUUGGGUUCAUCUAGUACAGACAGGGUUCCUACGCACCUGGAAAGUCAGGGAAAAUCAGGGAUUUUCAUUAUUUUUUGAAAAAGUCAGGGAAUGUCAGGGAAUUUGUCAAAAAUUGUCAAAAAGUCAGGGAA